AUGAAUGGACAUUUGCUGGACGGAACUGCUGAUGAAUCUGUAAGUGCGUACGAUUCCCAGAACAGCAGCGCAAGAGAACGCCUGAAAAAUUAUGAAAACGAUUUGAGAAAGAGGCGGGAACUCGAUGAACGACGAGUGAAAGAAGAUGCUUUUUUGAGGUAA